AUGAAGGAGAAGUCCAAGAACGCCGCCAAGACGCGGCGGGAGAAGGAGAACGGCGAAUUCUACGAGCUGGCCAAGCUGCUGCCGCUGCCUUCGGCCAUCACCUCCCAGCUGGACAAGGCGUCCAUCAUCCGCCUCACCACCAGCUACCUGAAGAUGAGAGCCGUCUUCCCAGAAGGUUUGGGAGAUGCUUGGGGGCAGCCGAGCAGACUAGGCCCCUUGGAUAAUGUCGCGAAAGAGCUGGGCUCGCAUUUGCUUCAGACUCUGGAUGGGUUUGUUUUUGUGGUAGCAUCUGAUGGCAAAAUAAUGUAUAUCUCAGAAACAGCUUCUGUACAUCUAGGUUUAUCCCAGGUAGAACUCACUGGUAAUAGCAUUUAUGAGUAUAUACAUCCAUCAGACCAUGAUGAAAUGACAGCAGUUCUAACUGCUCAUCAGCCUCUUCAUCCUCAUCUCUUACAAGAAUAUGAAAUAGAGAGAUCUUUUUUUCUGCGAAUGAAGUGUGUCUUGGCCAAGCGAAAUGCAGGAUUAACAUGUAGCGGUUACAAGGUGAUCCACUGCAGCGGCUAUUUGAAGAUACGGCAGUACAUGUUGGAUAUGUCUUUGUAUGAUACCUGUUACCAAAUUGUGGGGCUGGUUGCUGUAGGUCAAUCAUUACCUCCCAGUGCAAUCACUGAGAUCAAACUUCAUAGUAAUAUGUUUAUGUUCAGAGCAAGCCUGGACUUAAAACUAAUAUUCCUAGAUUCCAGAGUCACUGAAUUAACUGGAUAUGAACCACAGGACCUGAUUGAAAAGACUCUCUACCACCAUGUGCAUGGAUGUGAUGUAUUUCAUUUACGAUAUGCUCACCAUCUCUUACUGGUGAAAGGACAAGUUACAACCAAGUACUAUCGGUUGCUGUCAAAGAACGGUGGCUGGGUUUGGGUCCAGAGCUAUGCCACCAUUGUACACAAUAGCCGCUCAUCACGACCUCACUGCAUAGUGAGUGUCAAUUAUGUCCUAACAGAUAUAGAAUAUAAGGAACUUCCGUUAUCAUUGGACCAAGUCACCAUUUCUAAAUCACAGUUUUCAUGCAGAAACUCAGUAUCUACCUCACAAGAAACAAGAAAGGCAACAAAACCUAGAAGUAAUAAAAUGAAGACAAAACUUAGAACAACACCUUAUCCACAGCAGCAAUACGGCUCCUUCCAGACAGACAAACUGGAAUGUGGCCAGGUUGGAAGCUGGAGAUCCAACUCCACAGCAAAUUCUGCCACCAUCCAAGAACAAGCCUUCCAUUCAGAAAACAGCGAACUUUUAUAUACCCCAUCGUACAGCUUACCUUUCUCUUACCAUUAUGGACACUUCCCUGUAGACCCUCAUGUAUUCAGUAGCAAAAAACAAAUGCUGCCUUCUAAAUUUGGGCAGUCUCAAGGAACACCUUGCGAAGUAGCUCGGUUUUUCUUAAGUACAUUGCAGACAAGUGGAGAGUGCCAAUGGCACUAUGCCAAUUCUCUUGUAUCAGGCAGCCAAUCGCCAUCUAAAAGUCCUUCUGAUCAGACAGCAAGCAACGUACGCCAUAAUCUCUUACAGGGCUAUGAAGUGCCACUAACAAAUAGAAGAUACAGCCCAGAAGGUACAUCAGACAGCUUUGCAAGCUGUGCUACUCUAACACCAAAUAGCAGAUACAAAGAAGAUAUCUAUGAUUCCAGUAUUAUAAAACACAGCAAAAUGGAAAGCAGAAUAUACCCAGCACAUCAUCAUCUCGUUAAAGAAGAAAAUAAGCUAGUUUUCAAUAGAGACUUACAAGAAAAAAGUAAUAUUAGUGAAAAGCCCUUUUCAAACUCCUUAGCUAACUCCUUUUUGUCAAAAUCAGAAUGUUUCCAAGCGAAAUCAAUUGGACAACUUAGCCACCUUCUCCCAGUUCCAACAGUAUAUGAACAAAGAAGAAUUUGCAUGAAAGAACCAAAAUAUGAGCACGUUGCCCAUCAUGCUACAAAUCUAGGUGAGCUGGAAACAGACAACAGGAUGACAUUAAAGCUUGAUCAUGACUCUGAAAAUGAUCAUACAGUGGAUGUGAGACACACAGGGCAAGUUCCUUUUGUACUUCUGAACUACCACCGGGUUUUAGCCAAACAUGGGACAUUUCAAACCUCUUCAUGUACUGCCACAGGACAUGUAGCAGAAAAUUACGGACAUGGUUCUGAAGAAGUAAAUAUGUUUUACAAAAGCCAAAGUCCCUCAUCAACCUCUUCCCCUGAAACUCACAAGGAUUCUGCACUUCCCCAUUAUAUCGGAACGUCUGUAAUAAUAGCCAAUGGGAGGUGA